UUGCCCAUAUCCUGUUGCACUAAGCCCCUCCCCUAAGCCCUGCCCUUUCUCCUGACACAGGUACGGCUGAGUGCUCUGCCUUUAGCAAGGAAAACCUUUAGGUCUCGUGUGGAGAUUACAUGGGAACGGCAAAACACAGAAACUAGUUUAUUCCUAGAAUUUGGAUUCACGUUUAUUCACAUUUAAAUAUCUGUCUGCUGAAUGCUUCCUGGAUAGGAGGAAAUCGCUGGUUGCCGGUCAUGGCUUUUGGGAAGAGUUCCAAGGAUCCGUUUAGCACUCCUGUGGGACACUUAAUUGACAUUCACACAGUUGGAACUCUACAAAAGGAAGACUGGGGUCAGUUUAUGAAUAUAUGUGAUGCAAUUAAUUCAACAGCGGAUGGGCCAAAAGAUGCAGUCAAGGCUUUCAAGAAAAGGAUCUGCAGAAACUACAACCAGAAAGAAGUAAAAUUUUCACUUUCGCUGCUGGAGAUGUGCAUGCAGAAUUGUGUCCCUAAUUUCCAGUCCUUGGUGCUGAAGAAGGACUUUUCCAAGGAUGUGCUUGUCAAAAUGUUAAACCCAAAAUACAAUCUGCCAGUGAGCCUGCAAAAUAAAAUCCUUUAUUUAAUUAUGACAUGGGCACAUGGUUUAAAAGGGAAAGUAGAUGCAAUGGAGAUACGAGAGGUGUAUCUAGAGCUUAUAAAAAGAGGGAUCAAAUUCCCGUCCUUGCAAGACAAUGGAGAAAUGCUGGAAACACAAGAGGCUCCCAAACAAUCAAGCCAUUCCCCAGUUUCCCAUCAGUCACCAGCAGAUUUACACAUCCUUACUCCUGAGCAGAUAGGUAAGCUGUACAGUGAAAUGGAUAUCGUGAGAAUGAACGUGAAGGUAAUGUCAGAGAUCCUACUGGAAACUAGACUUGGAGCCGAAAAACCUGAAGACAUGGACCUUUUAGAGGAACUGAAUAAAACAUGCCUGGAAAUGCAAAAGAGGAUUCUGAAGCUUCUAGAAACAGUGCAAAAUGAAGAUGUCAUUAUUGAACUGGUGCAAGUGAAUGAUGACUUGAAUAAUGUUUUUUUAAGACACGAAAGGUUUUCUCGUGCUAAAGCCAAUCAGUCGACGGAACAGAGAAGCCAGCCUGAAAUAAUGACCGUUGAUAGCAAUGGUCCUACAGCGCCUUCCUCUGAACUGAUAGACCUAAAUGUACCAUCAGUCCCUGUGCACCCUGUCCAGUCAAACGGUUUUCUUCUGCCAGCUCCUACUAUGCCAAUGCACACAUGGCCAACACACACCUCUCCGUUGCCAGAUAACGGUGGUAUGGAGCACCAAGUUCCUUUCCUUUAUCCCCAAAUGGAUUUACAAGGAUUGCGGGAAGCAGUAGAUACAAGAUUUGUACCAGGAGUCCAGUUACCAAUAUUACCUCCAAGAAACAUAUAUGACAAUGUUCCAGCAGAACCGACUCUCCUUCCGACAGUUCCUGCUCUCAGCCCGACUGUUGUCCCAAUACUGAAUAACCCAACAUCCAAACCAUUAGAAGAAAACAAAUCAGCUGAGAACAGUUCUUCGUUGCCAAACUACUAUGAACUUUUAGAAUUUGAUCCUUUGGUUGAAACUAAUGAAACAAAUGCCAUAUAUGAAGAAAUUGAUAUUUCAUCAUGGAGAAAAAAUGCAAAGAGUGUCACUGAGUGUUAGCAUCACUAGCUGACUAAUCUUAUCCUUUUUAUGGAAGUUGAUGUUUUUAGCCAAUGAUAGGAGAUGGGACUGCAUAUCCUGAAAUAUUCUUCUACGCAAUGAUUAAAACAGCCUAAUACUGAAGAAAGGCAGAGCCACUGCCAUGAUAAGACAGAGUUUUUAUUAGGCUGCCAUCCAACAGAAUUAAUUCAUCUAAUACUAUUUCAGCCUUAAAUUCCCAAACUGUAUAAUGUUUACGCUCAUUGUUUUAUUGCACGUUUUAUUUCUUAGAAUAAAAUGGAAAAAUAUGA